GACUAACGACUUACACCGUUGUGCGAGGAUGUGGACAGUCGUCUGAAUGCAAUCGGAAGAGUCUCAGCAAUCAGUUCAUGACGGUAGAAAUAAACACCGCCUGCUGCAAGGCUGAUAAAUGCGCUCCAGUAGCACCAAUAGUAUCAUCUGGAAAUGCAAAUAAAAAUGGUCUGAUCUGCCCUUCUUGUUUCUCGCUAACAUCUUCCACAUGUGUGCCGGAUACCAAAAUCCAGUGCAUGGGAAAUGAAACCCGAUGUUCUACAUACUCAAUGAGUACCACCACAAAGCCCCCGAAUCCAGUGCUGUCCAUGGCAGGAUGUGCCACUGAGAACAUGUGCACCAACUAUACGGGCACUGCCACCUCCAGCGCCACCGGGCAAAUAAAUGUAAGCAUCAGAUGCAGCAAUGCCGAAGUCAGUCCUAGUUAGAUCUUCUAGUAGGCCGGCAUCAGUCAGCACCAGUC